CUUGGGCGAUUUUAUUCUCUAGCAGAUGGACAGGGUGGGGAUCAAGGAUGCCGUGGAGAGGUUGGAGCUGGGUUGUCGGCCGGUGGACACUACAACUUACGCAGAUCUUCUACGACAGUGUGGCAGUGCUAAAGCUCUUGCAGAAGGCCGGAAAAUUCACGAGCUUGUAGCGAGAUCCGGGCAUGGUGAGGAUCCAUUCCUGGGGAACCUGCUCGUGAGAAUGUAUGGCAGCUGCGGGAGAUUGCAAGAGGCCCUGGAAGUUUUCAACAAUCUCAAGAGAAGGGACGUGUUCUCCUGGAACGUGAUGCUGGCGGCGUAUGCCCAGAACGGGCAUCUCCAAGAAGCGGCUGAGGUGUUUCAUCGAAUGCCACUGAAGAGCUCCUCCUCCUGGAACGCGAUGAUCACGGCUUACUCUCUCGUCGGGCGUGUGUUGGAAGCGAGAAUGCUCUUCGAUGAGAUGAUCGAGAGGACAGUCAUCUCUUGGAACACCAUCAUCGUCACGUAUGCCCAGAACGGGCAUCCCGCGGAAGCUCUCUACAUGUUUAAGACGAUGGACUUGAGUGGAUUCCAGCCCAACAAGGCCAGGAUAGUUCACUGCUUGGUGAUCGAGAGUGGCUUCCAGUCGGAUAUCAUGGUUGCCACCACGGUUCUUAACAUGUAUGGGAAGUGUGGAAGCCUGGACGAUGCCUUGGCGGUGUUCCAUGCGCUUCCUAGCCGAGACGUGGUGGCUACCAACGCGAUGAUCACAGCGUACGCUCAGAACAAACACUUGCCACAAGCCAGGGAGCUCUUCGAGAGCACGAAACGGAAGAGUAUCAUUUCCUGGAACACAAUGAUCGCUGCUUACAUCCAAGCUGGUGAAAUCGCGGAAGCCAGGGGCUUGUUCGAUCGAAUGGAGCUCAGGAACACGGCUUCCUGGAACACCCUCUUAGCAGGCUACGCUCACAGCGGACACCUCCAAGAAGCUCUAACGCUCUUCGCGAUCAUGGACUUGGAAGCUCGCGAGCCGCCGGACAAAGUCACAUUCGUGACGAUGCUCGACGUUUGCGGGAACCUCAAGAACUCGGCAGCCGGGGAGGAGAUCGACGCAGCAGUGACUUCGAGUGGCCUCUGGCAAGACGUGACGGUCGGGAAUGCGCUCGUUUGCAUGCACGGGAGGUGUGGACGAAUGGAGCUCGCCAGGAGCCUGUUCGAGAGGAUGGAGCACAGAGAUGGCGUGCUGUGGACGACGAUGGUGGCAGCCUACGCUCAGAACAAUCUCCUGGAUCAAGCCCGGGCUACUUUCGACGCGAUGCCGGACAAGCUCUCGCUCGUUGCCCCCUGGAACGCGAUGAUCUCGGCCUACGUCCGCUGCGGAGAGAAUUCAUCCGGAGUGAUGCUCUUCCUCCUCAUGGACCUGGAAGGCGGCCGAGCGAACGAGAUCACGCUGGUCUGCGUCUUCGAGGCUUGCACCACUCCAUCCCAGCUCGCCACCGGACGAAGAAUCCACACGGCCCUGGAACGCUCUGGCGAGAACCAGCUGCUAAACCAUCCGGCCGUGAGAACCUCGCUCGUCAACAUGUAUGGAAAGUGUGGCAAGCUUGCGGAAGCUCGGGCCAUCUUCGACAAGGUCGCAGCGUCCCAGCGCGGAGAUCUGGUGCUCUUCUCGGCGAUGAUCGCGGCCUACGCGCAGAGCGGCCACAGCAAAGAAUCGCUGGAGCUUUUUGGUGCCAUGGCUCUCGACGGUAUCCUGCCAACGGACGUCACGUUUAUCAGCGUCUUGGCGGCGUGCAGUCACGCGGGCCUGGCCAAGGACGCGCGGUACCACUUCGUGGCCAUGGCUGGCGACUACGGGAUCGCGGCGAGCUUGGAUCACUAUAUCUGCAUGGUGGACGUGUUGGGGAGGUCCGGAAAGGUGGCGGAGGCGGGAGAGCUUGUGGGUGUGAUGCCGUUUGUGCCGGAUGCUGUGGCGUGGAAGACUUUGCUGGGGUGUUCUAAGGUUCAUGAAAAUGCUGGGCUUGCUCGCUGGGCCGCGGAGAAGCUGGCCAGGAUUGAUGCCAAGAACCCCAGUUCUUAUUUGCUUUUGUCAAGUGCUGUCACCAAAGUUGGCAAAUCUUAGCUAAGAUUUGCCAAUCUAUAGAAUCGCAAAUGUCUGAGCUCGAAUUUUUGUCACAGUACCUCUCAAGUGCGUUCCAUU